ACACUGCACCUCGUGCUGGGCCAGCGCGCUCCAGACCCUGGGCACGGCGCGCCGUCGUCGGUUUCAGGACGCGGCAACUUGCGCCCCUCUCGGGGACCCUGCGCCCUGGUUCCCGGACUCCAGGUGACCCUAGGUUCCCAGCCGCCGGCGACCUCCAUGGCCCCCCAGGGGGGUGAGGUAGGAGCAGCCUGAGGUCCGCCCCCAGCCCCAGACGGUGUCCCGUCCACGCCCCUCCGGGCUGCGUGGCCGGAGUCUUCGGGGAGCUAUGCUGAGGCCGGGGGGUGCAGAGGAAGCCGCGCAGCUCCCCCCUCGGCGCGCCCGCGCCCCUGCCCCUGCCCCCGCGCCCAGACCCGCGGCCCCCGACGGCUCCCCGGCUUCGGCCCGCCUAGGUCUUGCCUGCCUGCUGCUGCUGCUGCUGUUGACGCUGCCAGCCCGCGUCGAUUCGUCCUGGUGGUACAUCGGGGCACUGGGGGCCCGAGUGAUCUGUGACAAUAUCCCUGGUUUGGUGAGCCGGCAGCGGCAGCUGUGCCAGCGUUACCCAGACAUCAUGCGCUCGGUGGGCGAAGGUGCCCGGGAAUGGAUCCGAGAGUGUCAGCACCAGUUCCGCCACCACCGCUGGAACUGCACCACACUGGACCGGGACCACACUGUCUUUGGUCGUGUCAUGCUCAGAAGUAGCCGGGAGGCAGCUUUUGUAUAUGCCAUCUCAUCCGCAGGCGUGGUCCAUGCCAUCACUCGAGCCUGUAGCCAGGGUGAACUGAGUGUAUGCAGCUGUGACCCCUACACGCGUGGCCGACACCACGACCAACGCGGGGACUUUGACUGGGGUGGCUGCAGUGACAACAUCCACUAUGGUGUCCGCUUUGCCAAGGCCUUCGUGGAUGCCAAGGAGAAGAGGCUUAAGGAUGCCCGGGCCCUCAUGAACUUACAUAACAACCGCUGUGGUCGCACGGCUGUGCGGCGGUUUCUGAAGCUGGAGUGCAAAUGCCACGGCGUGAGUGGCUCCUGUACUCUGCGCACCUGCUGGCGUGCACUCUCAGACUUCCGCCGCACAGGUGAUUACUUGCGGCGGCGCUACGAUGGGGCUGUGCAGGUGACAGCCACCCAGGAUGGUGCCAACUUCACAGCAGCCCGCCAAGGCUAUCGCCGUGCCACCCGGACUGAUCUUGUCUACUUUGACAACUCCCCUGACUACUGUGUCUUGGACAAGGCUGCAGGUUCCCUAGGCACUGCUGGCCGUGUCUGCAGCAAGACAUCGAAAGGAACGGAUGGCUGUGAAAUCAUGUGCUGUGGCCGCGGGUACGACACGACUCGAGUUACCCGUGUCACCCAGUGUGAGUGCAAAUUCCACUGGUGCUGUGCGGUGCGCUGCAAGGAAUGCAGAAACACUGUGGAUGUCCAUACUUGCAAGGCCCCCAAGAAGGCAGAGUGGCUAGACCAGACCUGAACACAGACAGCUCACUCGGCUCUCCGUUUCAAGUCUCUCAACUCAAAAGCACAAGAUCUUUGCAUGCACACCUUCCUUCCCCCUCAACCCUGGGCUGCUACAGCUUCUAUUUAAGGACCGAGAGUAAUCCAGCAGGACCAUGGUGUCCUGGUUGGUUCCUUAGCCCUGGGAAGGAGUUGAUAGGAGAUGUAAGAAACUGAGUGGCUCCCUGGUAUCCCUGUCUGGAAGUCUGAAGGGAGAGUAGAAGAGGUAGGGGGUCUUCAGAGUGAUAUGAAUUGCACUAAAGUACCUGGUUGGGGCUCAUUUUUCUUUCCUUUGUACUGGCUUCCUAACACUUCUUAGGUGUGCAAGAGGAAAGGUAACUGGAGAGAGCUUCUUUUUGUUUCUACCUGGCUGAGGGUAGAUGGGACAGAGAUGAAACUGCGUAACCCUUCCCUGGAGACAGUUUGAGCAGUUUGCCUGGUAACACCCCCCUCAAAAAAAAAAAAAAAAUUCUAGGCUAUAACUUUCCUCUGUUAUUGACAGCCUGGGAAUGCUCAACAAGUUAAUCAUAGUGGACAAGGUUCCACUCACAUGCUCAUGUUUAUAAACCACUGUUUUGUAGGGGGAAAAAUCAUAUAACCAUAUAAACAGCUUCAUAUUCAUAUGCUGUCCCUCUGCCCUUUUCCCCUGUAUCAGCCAGCGUGGCUUCUUUUGUUUACUUUUUGCCUCAAACUGAGGUGGCCUGCAGCUGUUCCCAUGCCCAACAGAUCAUUAGAAGACCCUGGAACACUUUUGGAAAAGAGCAAUUUAGCAAGGCUGGCUAGACCAUGGGGUUUUUCUUCAUACAUUAUUCUAGAGGUUAGCUAGGUUUGGGAAACACUAGGUAAUAGAUAGACAAUUCAUGGAGGGUGGGAGAGGCUAGACAAGCCUGAUCUCAAGUGCCCACAUAGGCACCAGUGUACCUAGGUAGGUAGGGAUCUCUGGCGUUGAUAAUUCUUUAGGAGACUUUAAAGCUGGGAGCAGGAUUCAAUGGCUACCUGCAGAAGGGGAGCUGGGACUUGGGGCCGAAGUGGUAGACAGCUUCGAAGGCAACAGCCUUCUUCCAUUUACUCUGCAAGUCCUUGUGAUUAUUAUUGUUUGCCCCAUGACUGGCUUACACAGGGAUGGGUUCCUCCUGUGCUAUGACCUGUUGCCUAAGUAAGUUCGCAGGAGUGGAGUCUCUAGAGAUAGCAGUUUAGUAAGCUGGAGAGUAGGACGUGAUGUGUUUGGACAGUGGUUAUCUCUUGCAGGGUGGUAUAGAAAAUGGUAGUUAUGACAGAACUGGGUUAAGAUCACAGCUGUGCCACACAGUUUUUGAUAUUUUAAGCAAGAUACUUUAAUUCUCCAAGCCUCUGUUUUUCCAUCUGUAAAAUGAGAGUGGAUACCUAUCUCAGAUACUGAGUUUUCAUUUUGCCCCAAUUUUCAGCCAACAGAUACUCUUCCUGAAAGCCCCUGACUGGUCCAGCCCAUCACGACUUCUCAAGGAACUGUCUAAUUAGCACUGAUAGCUCACUGAGAUUAAGGAGCCUGCCCAAGGGAAUCCUUUCCCAAGAUCCUCUCCAACAUUGCUUGGGGUCCUCAUGUUGUAUUUGUGGAGUAGCUUCACUGCACAGGCAGCAGGAGGCUGGGGGAGUCAUAGCUCUGGGCCAUGGGGGCAGAUUUAUUUAGAUGAUAGGACUAAUAUUUGUAUAACCUGCUGAGACCUGUGUGGGAGAGUUUAGGGUGGUUUUUCUUCUGGUGAGGGGAUUUGCUCUGGUUUCACAUCCAUUAACACAAAACAUGAGCUAGUCAGAGCCCUUGUGGUCUGCGGUGAGGGUAUGCCUGUGGAGAAAUGGGAUUGAGUGAGUCAGGCCAAGGGAAUGUCUUCCUUGCAGAGUAGAGUCAACUGGAUAACUGAUGAGCCAAUGGUGAGACUAGGGAGGGGGAAACGGGAGGGAAACUGAAGAGCUUGGACAUGUUGGGCCAGGAUGAAAAGGAGAAAAGUGGGGUAGGGGGAGUAAGAGCAUCAUGGUCAGUCUGAACUUAAGAACAGGAAUGAGUGCAUUUACAAAAGGGUGCUGCCCUGAAGGCCUGGCUGUGGGGAAGAGCCUCAGACCCCAGCCAGCCCCUGCUCUCACAGGAACAUCUGAGCUGCCAUGUAAAUGAUGGCACAAGGCACCCACCGGAAGUCAACCUGAGUUAAAUCUACCUGUGCCUUAGGAUCUCUUCUUUGUUGGCUCUCACGCUGUAGAAGGAAAUGGGUAGGCCUCUUAUGGCAUCUCAGAUUGCUCUCUAUGUUUUCCUGGGCUCCAGUUACUCUAGCUCAUAAAGAGGCAAGUUGUGUAAUUUCCCAUGAAUGGUUAAGCGCAGCCAUGUGUAAGACUGUCCAGAGAAAGAGAAGUUUGAAAAGUGAGGUGAAGAAGUGAGAGAAGAGGUGUCUAUCUGAGCCUAGUCUACUCCAGAGGCUGGGAGACCCCAAGAAGGAAUGAUGGCCAAGCAAUUAAUUUGUCCUCUUAGUGCUUAGCUUGCCUCUGCAUUCCAGUUGGCUUUAGACAACUGGCCUCCUUUCUUUCCUACACAAACAGAGACUGACUUAUUUGGAACAAGUGGCAAAAUGAGAACUUUAUUUGGUGCAGUCAGGAUUGCGUUAGUUCUGCUGCUGCUCCUUCCCGCUGCCUCUACUGGCCCCCUGUCCCAGCUCUCCCGUGUUUGACGGAGGCUGUUCUUCAGAUCAGGAGUGUCUCAGCUUCUCUUCCACUUCUUUCUGUUGAUCUUCAUUUCUUUUAACUUUUCAUAAGUAUGUAGGUUUAAUGCAUUGCAGUAAGUGUUAUUUGGAUGCAAAGUUAAAUUAAAUGAUACUAUCUCUGUCCUUUAAGGACCUGAGAAUCUUUCAGAGAAGGCACCUGACCCAAGUGCUUCAGCUGCUCAGCCUGUAGCCAGUUUCUGUUAUGUAAAAGAAUGCCAGCCUUAACCUAGCCCUGCAGGGAAGAGCCAGCUUUUCUUAUUACUAGCCCUGAAUAAUGGCACUAAGCCACACUCUUUCUCAUAGUGAUGCUGGAAAAAUGAAAUCAGGGACUUCAGAUUAAUUAGAGGAAUCUGCCAUUGCCCAGCCCCAAGGGUCUGUUUGCAAAGCGUGCAGGUCUAACUGACUACGCACAGCCUCGUUUCUAUCCUCCCCAUUGCAGAGUAAUUUCUUCCCCUUUCUCUCACUUCCCUUAUCAAGAACACCCACCACUAAGUCCUUCUGCCAAAUUCUCAGACCCACUCAGGACAUAAGUUUCUACAUGGUUUAACAGAAGAGAGAUAAUCAAGAUUGUUUUUUUCUUCAGCCUUUCUGAAGUUAUUAUUUAAAUGCUCUAGUGGUCAGAGGGCAGAAGCCCAAGUUAGCUGAGGAGAAGGGAGGACGCCAGGGAGCGUAUGUUUCUCAUCCCUGGGAGGUAUUCAGCCUAGCUCCUGUAGCCAAAUUACAGCACCAGAGAACAAUGCGAUGCAUUCCUGGGCAGGUCGGUGGGACCCUGGGCGCCUGGGCCUUGUGGAGAGAGGUGCCAGACACAGAGCUCUCCGUAAGCAAUCCUGCAGAGCCGCCCCCUGGGUGCAGAAAUGAAAUACGGGAGAGCUUCACAUUACACAGAGACCUGUAGCUCACACCUGGUUAUUGAUGGCCUUGGUGGAGGCCUCUGCCCCCUCCCUCCCCUUGGAAACUGCCUGCUACUACGGGGGUUGGGCAUCUCUGAGCAACGUUGGAAAGCAAGACAGAGGUGCUUCCUUUUCACUCUCUGCCCUACCUGUCAGCCCAAGCACAGCCAUGAGGAUAUACACAUGAGGUACACGUAUGAUGUCCACACAUGGAACCACCCUCAGCUGCAGGGGACUGGUAGGUAUAACUCUCCCCAACAAUAAACACGCCACUAGAUUUCAAUCAAUAUUUUAAAAGUCAUACCAACAGCAGGAUCUUGCUAUAACCAAGGGACAUUACAAAGUCACAUUCUCAUGCAGGCAGCUGGAGGUGGCAGGGGAAGGAUGGAGAGAGGACAUGGAGAGAAGAGAUCCGUGGUGGAGAAGGAUCACCUAAGCAGAGUGGCUGAGACUGUACAACCUGUCAAGGCUGCUUCAUGCUGGAGACAGAUGCACACCCCGUGUGCUGUAAAUGACAGGACCAUCUCAUGACUGCACGAGGGAUGACUGCUGGGCCUACUGCUUGUGGCCUGUAACUGUUGUGGGGCUCUGACUCAUUGGGAUAGCUGUGGACUUCAGGCAUAAUCUCCAUAAACGAGAGACAAUGAAGAGACCAGCCAGCUGCUUUGCUAGGGUAUAGAUGUCAUGGUUAAUGCAUGGAACUAAGCUUUCCCAGGAGCUGGUGUUCUCCUUGGGUGCUCAGCAGGUUUCCAGCAAUAGCCAGUGGGGUGUCAGUAAUACUCAGAUGCCUGUCCCUGAUCCCAAAGUUAAAAGGGAAAGGAGAGAGAGAGAGAGAGAGAGAGAGUUCAUAAGUUCAUUUCCCCACUUCCCAGUCAUGGCUUAAAUUAUCUCUGAGCAUCUUUGUGGUUAUUGUUCAUUUACUUAAGAUGUUUUCAGUCAUUCUGGAUCUGAGAAUGCAAGAUAAGCAUUCUCCCCUGGGCCCUCCAACUCAGAGCUAUCAUGGCUUUAAAAUUGCCUUUUCUCACUUCCAUUCUGCCCACAAAUCCAUGGAUGGAGCACUGGGACACGGGAGUUCUUUCUCCUUGGCCAAAGGAGGCAAAAAUCUGAUGACUCAGCUUCACACCACUGAGCCCUAGAAGCAGUCCUGAGCAAAGUGAAAAACUAGGCUGAGUGAAGAAAGAGGAAAAACAAGCUCCAUCCCAGUCGUCCUAUCUGACAGCUUUCAAGGUGGGGCUUCCCUCAAGGAUAACAAUGUUCAUAAAAAGCUUUUUUUUUUUAAUUUACAAAACACUUCUGCUUAUAUGUAAUCCUCACAACAACCCUGUGAGCUAGGGGUUACUCUCAUUUUACAGAUGCUGUUUAAAGAAGUUCAGUGAUCUGUCUACAGUCACAUGGACAGUGGGUGGCCCAGCAUAACUCAAACCUACGUCUCUGACUUCACAUCUCCUGUCUCCUCCUCAAAGCCUAAGGGUGCCCAGGGUUGGGGGUGCCACAGUCUUAGCACCUCCAGAAUACAAAUGUAUGUAAUAUUCGAGCCCUGUAGGAGUCCUAGCACCACCAGGAGGGCACAUCUAAGCUGUUUACAAAGGAAGUGUCAUUUCUGGCACAAUCACCACUGCGCCAAGAGAUCACUACACAAGGUGAUCUACAUUUCAACAACUCUGGCUCCAAAAGAAAUCUUUCUGCUUCCCCUCCCCAGCACCUGGCCUUCAGACUAACAUUCAAAUUUUGUUUUAACUUUAUCUAGUUCUUUUAAAGUGAUGCUAACUGUGUAGACAGAGUAGUAGUAAUAAGAGGACGUGAAAGGCAUUGGGCUUUUAAGGUAUGUUUUAGAAUUUCCUCUGAGACUUCAUUCUUUUAAAAAACUGAUGUCAACCCAAGGCUUGAGAAUGUAAGAACAGAGAAAAGAGUGCUAAGAAAUUGUCCUUUUCCGAGCAAGGCAUCUACUCUUGGCCUGAUCAUGGGGCCACUGGCUGAGACCAGUAAUUCAUCUACACGAAGGCAAAGGGUACCUACCCUGCGGGGAAACUCGGUGAGAUGAGGCAAACAACAGAUUUUCACUUGAUCAAAAACUUGUGCUGCUCUUAACCCCUCCUCCCACCCUCAUUCAAAAUCCGGACCUCUGUUUAGGUGCAAGACAGUGAGAAAAAGCAGCUCCAAAAGAUGAUGUGUGCAAGGGGAACCCUUCCCUGUUCAAUCCUGGAAUGCGUUUUGUUAGAGACAGCAUAAGCUCUUGCAUACCCUACCUAUCCCACUCCUGCACCCCAACUGUGAAGGCAGAAGGGAAAACUGCAGGAACAGAAUGUACAUCAAUCACAGACCUGGGAUGUUACAGCGCCCUGACUGGGGCCCUGACUUGAGUGAGGGGAAGAACACCUCAUGAAAACAGUGUACCUACAGUCAAGGUUUCUCCCAGAGCAAACCUUACUUUUUGGUCCAUCGAUCUUGGCUCUCAUUGCUCUCCCUGCUUCCCACCCCCACUGCCUCCGCAUGUGGGCUCAGAAGUCAUCAUCUAAAGAAUUCCAUUGCUCACCUCCUGCAUAGCAGCACAGCCCCAUGAGGCCGCACACCAGAUGGAGGGGAUAAAAGUACGAGGUCAUGGCUUCUAGCAAGAGGCUUUUUCUUAAACUAACCCUGACUUCUGGAAAAGAGGCAGAGCAAGAGAGUGUCGGGUGAGCUGCUGACGACAGCAGCUUCAUAGGUCUCGUGCAAAAAGGAAGGAAAAGCCAACUUGGUUUUCAGUGGAAAUUUCCCUACACCCAUCUUCAGGUCUACUGGACACGUCUGCUGCUCAGAAGUAUCUGAGUAGAGUGCAGAGACUGUCAAAGCAAAGGGUUAAGUUCUCAGUUGUAGGGACCUGGCCAGCAGGCUGCCACACACAUGCUGAGGUGGAGGCCAAGCCCUGAACACAUGCCCCGUUUCCGUAGGAAUGCAACUAUGAAGUAAAGGGAAAGGCAAUGGAAGGUGGAUUAGAACUCUGGGGAAACUGAAAAGUUCAUCAGUAGGCCUUUCAAUUGUUUGUGUCUAAUAAAUAAAGACAAGAGGAU